AGCGGGUGGCGCCCUUUGAUGUCGUCACGGCGCAGCUGUUCUUCUGGUGCCAGCAUGGAAGGACUGAAAAGUACUCCCGAGACGGGCACGGCAGCCCUUUCCAAGCCGGGGACUGGGGAGCUCCUGGGAGAUGAAUGUUAUGCAGACUUUUUGCGGGAAGACUUUGACGUCAAAGCCUAUACCACCCAAUCAAUUCACCAGGCUAUUAUUGCUGAACAAUUAGCAAAGCUUGCUCAAGGGAUCAGCCAGUUAGAUAAAGAGCUCCACUUGCAAGUAGUUGCGAGGCAUGAGGACUUGCUGGCACAAGCAACUGGCAUAGAAUCUUUGGAAGGUGUCCUUGAAAUGAUGCAGACCAGAAUCAGCGCCCUGCAGAGCACUGUUGAGAGGAUCAAAGCCAAAAUUAUUGAUCCCUACAAUAAAAUCGUAUCCCGCACAGCACAGUUAGCCAGGCUUCAGGCUGCCUGCGACUUGCUGAGGAGAAUAAUACGGAUCUUGUACCUCAGCAAGAGACUUCAAGGCCAACUUCAGGGUGGAAGCCGGGAGAUCACCAAAGCUGCUCAGAGUCUCAAUGAACUCGAUUACCUUUCGCAAGGGAUAGAUCUUUCUGGAAUCGAAGUAAUUGAAAAUGAAUUGCUUUUUAUUGCGAGAGCUCGACUCGAAGUAGAGAACCAGGCCAAACGGUUGCUUGAGCAAGGAAUAGAGACUCAGAAUCCUACUCAGGAAGGAACCGCCCUUCAAGUUUUCUACAAUCUUGGAACCUUAAAGCCUACAAUUGCUAAUGUUGUCGAGGGCUAUUGCGCAGCCCUGGAAGAGAAUGUCAGCAACGCUUUGGAUUUUAAAGUUCUGACUCAGCCUUCUCAAGCCGCAAGAGGCGGUCCUGGCCGAGCAGCUAUGCCCACCCCAGGAAACACUGCAGCCUUCCGAGCAGCUCUCUGGACCAAUAUGGAAAAACUGAUGGAUCAAAUCUGUGCCGCUUGUGGACAGGUGCAACAUCUGCAGAAGGUCUUGUCGAAGAAAAGAGACCCGGUUACCCACGUGUGUUUCAUUGACGAGUUAGCAAAGGAUGGCCAUUCAGACAUUUUGUACACUUUCUGGACAGCCGUGACUCAAACUCUGGCUUCAGAAUUUCAGAAAGCAUCUGAGACUUCCAUGUUUUUGAAGCAAGCUUUCGAAGGCGAAUAUCCUAAAUUACUGAGGCUGUACAAUGAUUUCUGGAAGCGUCUUCAACAAUACAGUGAAAAUAUUCAAAGAAACGUUAUAACGAAUGGCGGCCCCGAGUCCUUAUCGGAACUUCCACAAAUAGAUGACGAUGAACAGGACAUAUUCAUGCAGAAGAAACAAGAUUAUGACCCAGAAAAAGCACUAAAAAGUUCUUUGCAACCUUACGAAGCUGCCUAUCUGUCAAAAUCCCUGUCGCGGCUCUUUGAUCCCAUCAACCUUGUAUUCCCUCCCGGAGGUCGCAACCCCCCAUCGGCCGACGAACUCGACAGCAUUAUCAAAAUCAUUGCAAGUGAACUGAAUGUGGCAGCGGUGGAUGUAAACCUCAGCUUUGCGGUAUCCAAAAACGUGGCAAAGACCAUCCAGUUAUUUGGCGUAAAGUCUGAACAACUUCUGUCGACGCAGGGAGAAGCCAGCCAGGUGAUUGGCCCCUUAACCGAAGGGCAGAGACGGAACGUGGCCGUUGUGAACUCGCUCUAUAAGUUGCACCAGUCCGUUCUAAAAGUUAUCUCCAACCAAAGUGGGUUUCCAACAGCUUCGGAGGAAACCGUGCACGCGGCUUUGAAGACCAUCCACGAUUUAAUGGGCAAUGCUGUGCAACCUUUGCUGGACUCGGUGGGCGACUCCAUACAAGCUAUUAUCAUGACCCUUCACCAGGAAGACUUUUCGGGGUCCCUGCCUCCUUCGGGAAAGCCGGACGUGCCUUGCUCUCUGUACAUGAAGGAGCUGCAGGGGUUCAUCUCCAGGGUCAUGAACGAUUAUUUCAGGCACUUCGAGUGCUAUGAUUUUGUCUACGAGAGGACUGAAGGCAUCGCGCAGAGGGCCAUCCAGGUCUUUAUCCGCAACGCCAGCCUGCUCCGGUCUCUCGGUGAAGGAGGGAAAAUGCGGCUGGCGGCCGACUUCGCUCAGAUGGAGUUAGCCGUGGCGCCCCUUUGCAGACGAGUUUCUGACCUGGGAAAGUCCUACAAACUCUUAAGAUCGUUCAGACCCCUGCUCUUCCAGACCAGCGAGCAUAUUUCCAACAGCCCCGCGGUGGGAGACAUCAUUCCAUACAGUACCAUCAUCCAGUUCUUAUUUACGAGGGCGCCUCCCGAAUUGAAGUCCCCAUUCCAGAGAGCAGACUGGACCGUUGCCCGUUACUCGCGGUGGCUAGAUGACCAUCCGGCAGAGAAAGAGCGACUCAUUUUAAUACGGGGUGCCCUGGAAGCCUACGUCCAAUCUGUAAGAAGCAGAGAAGGCAAAGAAUUUGCCCCGGUCUAUCCCGUAAUGGUGCAGCUGCUGCAGAAAGCACUCAACUCUCUCCCGUAAAUGGCUUCCUGCAAAACACGCUGGCAGCCCGUGAUCAGCAAAUACGGUAUAACUCCUGAAUUCGUACCAGUAGCAACUCUUUCAGACUUGUUGACCCACGCACAACGGACAGCCUGUUUGACUUUUGUACUCAAAUGCAUUCUGCAAUUCUGCAUCUCUCAGCUUUUUCUAAAUGGUAUUUUUUAUAUAUAUUUUCUGGUUUUAAUUUAAAAACCAAACAUUUCUGUUCGAAAAGGCUUUCCCCCCCCCCCGCACUGGCAAAAAACAAGCUAAUCCUAAAUUGACAAGGAAAAAAAAAAUACGCUUGGAUUUCAUGUUUUCUUUUCAGCCACCCGUUCUAGAGUUUGAAAAUAUAUACAAGUUGAUUGAUAAAAUAUUUCAGAUUACUUCAGUGUAACGUGUACGAUGUUAUAACUGGAAAUGGAAUUAAAAUAUUUCUACCUGUCCCUUUUUUUUUUUUCCAAGCCUUCCCUCCAGUUAAGCGAUCGGUAACAUCAACACACGAGACUUGACUGUGAUAGCUUCAUAUAUUUUAUAUAGAGAAAAUAUAGAAGAAUAAUUUUUUUUACAAUUUAUUUGAAAUAAUACAAGAAUACAGUGUGCAAAAUCAUAGGAGCAAAACAUGUAAGACGUACAUAUCAGGUGCUGAAAUUUCUGGUGAUUCUUGGCAGAAACCACACUAUUUAGUAAUAUUAAAAAGCUAUGUUUUGUAAAUGUUCACAGCAAAAAGUAGCCAUAGAUCGAAUAUAUCUGCUCUGUUUUUAGAUAGAUGGAGGGGGGGGGAGAAAAAUAAAAUAAAAGUAAAGUGCAAAUAUUGCACCGAAAAUAAGUGCAAGGUUUGUCCCCACCGUUAAAAAAAAAAAAAA